AAGCUUUGUGCCCGCCUGGCCUUCAGACUCCGCAUCGCCCCGCCCACAAUCUGUCCAGCCUUCAGAUCCCCAUCCACUCCUCGAGCCCCACCCAUCUCCCGGGCGCCGGGAGGGGCCAUCCCGGGGCUGCCCGCCGAGAAGCCUAGGUAGUUGAGCCUCGGGCCCUCAGUUUGGGCCAAGGAGCCCGACAGAGGGGCGGGAGGGCUUGGAAUCCCCACUCCGCCCUAUCCUGCCGCUGGGCACCUGCGGGUCGGCUACUCGGCGCCUUCGGGUGGGCGAAAUAAAUACGAGACACGUGGUUUCUAAGGCCCCCUGUGUGUAUGGAAAAUUUUAUGGUUCGGGCCACAGAAGAAACGGUGCAGCGGUGCGGGAGGGCAGAAAAAGCCCGAUUCGAGGAUUCCCACCUAUUGUGGGUCGGGCUGGGCCGUUUCUGCGACUCUCCUGGACCCGACGCCGUGACGCUUUCCCUGAUAGUCUGAAGGGUUCACUCUCUUUCGAUUGGGUGCUUAUUACGGAUGACGCUGACGGCCACAUGGCGAGCUACGUGGCCGAGUUCCUGCGUUCGUCUCCGGGUCACCACCGAGACCAGUUACAUCUACACUUUAGAAGCCGGGGCAUUUAGCAGACAUCCCUAGGUGUGUUUCUUCGGCUCUGACGGAUGUGUGGAACUGGGCUCCGAGGACUCACGCCCAGUCCCACGAGAGCUGGCCCUCCCCACUCGGCAUCACUGUCACUCCGGCAACCUGCAGGGCGCCGGAGACCUGCUCCUUUAAGAGGAGCCUGAGCCCGGGCCAUCUUUGUUUCUCGCGCCCUCCCGCUGCGCCGGCGGAGCAAACAUGGCCCACGCUGUGCGGGCGCUGUGGCCCGGCGGGCUCGCUCUGACCUGGAGGCUGGGCGGUCGUCCCGCGCUGGGACUUCCCGCGCAGAGCCGGGCCGGCUUAACCGGGGCGGCGGGAGGCCCGGGCCCCGCCGCCACCACCCGCAAGGGGGGCGCACGGCUCCUGGGGGCGGCGGCGCUGGCCCUGGGAGGAGCCCUGGGGCUGUACCACACUGCACGGUGGCACCUGCGCGCCCAGAACCUCCGUGCCGACCUCUCAGCCGCGCAGCUCUCCCUGUCCAGCCGCCUGCAGCUGACUCUGUACCAGUACAAAACGUGUCCCUUCUGCAGCAAGGUCCGCGCCUUCCUCGACUUCCACGCCCUGCCCUACCAGGUGGUGGAGGUGAACCCUGUGCGCAGGGCCGAGAUCAAGUUCUCCUCCUACAGGAAGGUGCCCAUCCUGUUGGCCCAGGAAGGAGACAGCUUGCAACAACUGAACGACUCCUCUGUCAUCAUCAGUGCCCUCAAGACCUACCUGGUGUCGGGGCAGCCCCUCGAAGACAUCAUCACCUACUACCCACCCAUGAAGGCUGUGAACGACCAGGGCAAGGAGGUGACCGAAUUCUGCAACAAGUACUGGCUCAUGCUGGAUGAGAAGGAGGCCCAGCGGAUGUAUGGUGGGAAGGAGGCCAGGACGGAGGAGAUGAAGUGGCGGCAGUGGGCAGACGACUGGCUGGUGCACCUCAUCUCCCCCAAUGUGUACCGCACGCCGACCGAAGCCUUGGCCUCCUUUGACUACAUUGUCAAGGAGGGCAAUUUCGGGACCGUGGAGGGCGCCAUGGCCAAGUACAUGGGCGCAGCUGCCAUGUACUUCAUCAGCAAGCGGCUCAAGAGCAGGCACCGCCUCCAGGACGACGUGCGUGAAGAUCUCUACGAGGCUGCCAACAAGUGGGUGGCAGCUGUGGGCAAAGACCGGCCCUUCAUGGGGGGCCAGAGGCCGAACCUGGCUGAUCUGGCAGUGUACGGUGUGCUGCGUGUGAUGGAGGGUCUGGAGGCCUUCGACGACCUGAUGCGUCACACUCACAUCCAGCCCUGGUACCUGCGGGUGGAGAAGGCCAUCGCUGAGGCCCCCCAGUGAACUGAGCAUCCCUGCCGGGAGGAGGGAGGGAACAGUGGAAGACACCGGCUGUGGGGGACCAGGGCCGCUGGGCCAGCACCUGCUGAUGCUGUGAUACAGUGCAGCAGGGGACAGGAUCAUUCGACCUCUUGCCCACCCACCCUAACUGCCCCCUCGCUUCUAACACUGGACGUCUGCUGGAGCCCUGGGGCGCUGGGGGACAAAGCCCAGGCUCAGUUUCCAUUCACAAAUGUACCCCCGCCCCCCGGGGCAUGGAAGGCUACCUCCCUCACCAGCUGGACCCCUUCCUGGGCCUCCCUGCUCUUUAGCCUUCUCUGGGGCUCUCAAGGCUGCCUUGUUUACACCCCGUGGGUGGGAAUCAGGUUGGGCUCCUGCCCUGGGCAAGGGAAGUAGGAACCAUCUGGUUUGGGGAGGCCCCAUCCCUGGCUCCCCCUGGUUUCUGCUCUUCCCAGGUGUCCCCAGGACUGUGUGUCAUGUUCACAAUAAAGAAAAGGUUUGCUGCUCCCCGCGUGGCGGCACCAUAGUGGAGGUCCGCAGCCAGUAAAUACCGUUUGUCCAGUGCUUACUAAGUGUCAGGCCUGGGUGAAAGGCUCAGUGGGCUUUGUGUCCCAUAACCCCUGGGACACGGACAUGGGAUGUGCAGCAGGGAGGUGCAGAGAUGGCCCAGGGUGCAGGUCCAGUUCUGCUCCCCACUGACCGUGGGGCUCUGGGCAGGGGCACCCCUCUCGGCCUGAGUCUCCUCAUCUGUCAGAUGGGCACAAUGGUGGUCCCCACCUCAAGGGGAAGUUGUGAGGGCUUGAUGACAGGAUACAGGUCACGUGUGCAGAAGGGUGCCUGGUGCAGCAGGGGCCGGGGUUGUUCCAGUCUUGCUCUGGAGACCAGGAGACGAGGGUGCAGAGGACACAGUGCCUUCCAGGGGCCCCUCUGGCAGCACAGAGCCACCCAGGGCUUCAUAUCCCAGGCCUGGCAUUUCACGGUGGGGGGUGGGGGUGGGGGGGACGCUGGGACAGGGGGCUAUAGAGAGAAGCGGUUCUGGGAACGAGGCAGGGCUGUGGGGUCCCUGUUCCCCUGGUUUCAGCAGAUGAGGGGCACACUGGUCUGCUGAGGUGGCCCUGCAGAGGCCCGACAGGCAGCCAGUGAGCUGAAUUCUACCUCCCGGGCCCUCCCUACUGUGCAGUGACUGGGCAACCCUCUCAGGAGAGUUUAAAUUUUUUCUUUGUUAAUUUUUUUUAAAAAAAAUUAUUUUAUCUAUU